UUUUUUCUUUUUUAAUACAUACCCCAUAAGCUCCUAGAAGACGGCGCCGUUUUCUGCUGACCAUUUUAAGACAAGUCCUCCAUAACUGAUGCCUCCCCAACAAUGGAAACGCCUAUCAUCACGCGCUCCUUUUCCUUGAAAAACAAAACGGUCGGAAGGAAGUGAAAGAACACGGGAGGAAGGGUAGCAGAUGGAAGGCAAUUCGGCUUCUCGAAAUUCGUCGUUUUCAGGGACCGUUAAACGUAACGAGAAGCAGAAUUGGGCAACGUCGCCGUCGGGUGCUCUUUACCACUUUGGUACAAGUGGUUUUUCUGUUGCAGUUGCCACCGGCCUUACGCAUCCUCUAGAUGUGCUUAAAGUUAGGCUGCAAAUGCAGCUCAUUGGUCAGAGGGGUCCUUUGAUUGGAAUGGGACCAUUAUUUGUUCAAGUUUUGAAAAAUGAAGGACCAAAGUCUCUAUAUCUGGGAUUGACACCUGCGUUGACCAGGUCUCUUCUAUACGGAGGUCUCCGUUUAGGCUUGUAUGAACCAUCAAAAUAUGCCUGUGAUUGGGCCUUUGAUUCCACCAACAUUUUGGUUAAGAUUGUAUCUGGAGCAUUUGCUGGUAGCAUUUCAACUGCCCUGACCAAUCCUGUGGAAGUUCUGAAGGUGCGGUUACAGAUGAACUCAGAUAUGAGACAAAGAGGGCCAAUUGCAGAACUGCACAAAAUUGUCUCCAAAGAAGGAAUAGGUGCUCUUUGGAAGGGUGUUGGCCCUGCUACAGCUAGAGCUGCUGCUUUGACUGCUUCACAGCUUGCAACAUAUGAUGAAUCCAAGCGGAUAUUGAUGAAAUGGACACCUCUUGAAGAAGGAUUUUAUCUGCAUCUCAGCUCAAGUACAAUUGCUGGCUUGGUGAGCACCCUAAUAACGGCACCCAUUGACAUGGUUAAAACCCGUCUUAUGUUGCAACGUGAAAGAGCUGGAAGCUAUAAAAAUGGAUUUCAUUGUGCAUAUCAGGUUCUGCGUACAGAAGGCCCCAGAGGACUUUAUAAAGGGGGCUUCGCCAUUUUUGCAAGAUUGGGUCCACAAACUACAAUUACCUUUAUACUCUGCGAGAAGCUGCGCAAGCUUGUGGGAUUGAAUGCAAUCUAGUGGUAGGAUAGUUUAUCUGCGGUUACAAAAUUAGCUGUCUAUAUAUAGUAUAUGGAGAUGCGACACAGCUGCCUUGGUUGCCAGCAAGGCCCGAUUGGAAGGAAAUAAUUUUAAAUAAAUUUGUAUUCAUUCUUUUGGUGAUUAGAUCACCACUCAAUUAUAGGGAACCAGAAUUGAAUUUCGCACCCAUUAAACUUAGCUAGACUUUGUCAUUUAAAAGAUGGUCCAUUUAUUUGAUGGAGGAGUUGCAGCAUUACUCAUUGUUUUCCCAUCAUUUUUUUAAUGUUGUGGGGUUUGUCUGUAUAUCAUGAAAUCAAAUUUGUUCUUGCUGUGAAUUAUUAUCUAACGUGUUAUGUUUUAUUAUAAUAUUUCCAA